AUGUUUCUAAAUACAGUGAGAGCAGACGGAAGCCCCAAAGUGUUUGAAGACACCGUGCAGGUUCCAGUGAAGAUGGAGUACGAGCUGGGAGAGCAGACAGAGCAUCGCCUCAAGGAAAUGGGCGCCCGCUGUGUGGGGGAAACCUUAGACGUGGAGUACUACUACGAUACUGACAGCUUCCAACUGGCUUCUACACAGACCUGGUUGAAUCAGCACAACGGCCAAUGGGGACUGAUCCUGGCAGAAGAACAAGAGCUUAAUCACACUCUAUCCUACAACACCAAAAAGUUGGAGGUUGGACAUUCGGAAGAAAAGCAAAGCAAAAUACUCAAUACACUUGAAGAAAAAUCAGAAACAGGUGCUGCCUUUAGAGAAACACCAAGCAAUGAGUGUCCUGAGAAGGUCAUGUCCAAAAGCCAGGUUCAGAGAACAUCCUCAGAUUCGUCUCUGACAUACACAGAACUAAGUGACCCAUGCUCCAUCAUGCUGCAUCUCUCAAAGUGUCUCCAACUCCCUCUGACCCACAAUGAAAUGCAAAGCAUGACCAUGAAGAACUUCUUGAACAUGGCCCGGAUCCAGAUGUAUGACAGCUGGACCAGGACGAGCACAAUCAAGUACUCUCUUCCUAGUGGCUUCUCACUGGUGGUGGAGAGAGACUACAGGAUUCCCGCUGAAACUGCAACUGCACUUUUGAUGAUGAAUGCUGAUGUGCUGAGCAUAAGCAGUGAGCUGGAAAAGAUGGAUCGACUGUGUAAAGAACUAGGCCUAAAACCGAAGGCAAGCUCAGAUGGAUGAUUAUAAACGAUUGUUGAAGCCAGUUAGCACACAUGCUGUGACACAACAAACAUCUUAAUGAAAGUGCCAAAAAUAACAGUCUCUCUCUUUUAAAA